AUGAAUUUUGGCAAACGUUCCGUAAGUAAUCACUGGAAUGAUCUGACGACGAAGAAUAGAUGGACUGAGGAAGUACCACAAAAAAAAAAUAAUUUUGAUAGGGAAUUCAUGAAUUUCGGUAAAAGAAUGCAACCAUUUGAGCGAACUUUUAUGAAUUUUGGCAAAAAACGAGCGGAUCAAGACGCAUUCAACCGAGAUUUCCUUAGUUUUGGCAAAAGAGUGAGUGGAUAG